GGCAGGGCGCUGAACGGGGACUCGGCCGCCUCCCCCGCCCGGAGCGUCGGCCCGUCCAACACAGCCGCCCUUCCCUUGCAGCCCUCCCCCGCCCCCAGCCAUGUCACCCCCGCCGUUCCUGCCACCGCAGUCACUUCCCCGGCGUCGUCCACCUCGACGCCGUCCUCCGUGGCCACAGUCGUGCACAAGAGGCUGCUCAGCCUGACCCCGGCGGGGACGCCGGACGCGUCCCACAACGCUCACAGCAACGGCGCCACCGUCACCCCCACCUCUCCGGCGCCGCUGGUGGUGCGGACGGACGCGGAGGACCGCAGCACGGACGUGAGCUUCGACGAGGACUUCCCGCUCACCGCCACCCACGGCCCCGUGCUGCCCGACCGGCUGCGCCUGCGGUCGAGGACGCCGUCGUCCGACAGCCCCUGCCGGUCGGACGCCGACUCGCCCGUCGAGGAGCACCACCAGCUCCACUACCACCGCGGCUCGCUGCCCGGGUCGCCCGCGUCGUCGCCGUCCCCGGGGUCGCCGCAGCAUAGGAGGGCUUCACACCAGGUGUCGCCGGCCACCUCGCCGCUGCGGCAGUGCGCCUCGGCCGGCUGCAGCCCGCGGCUGUACCUGCACUCGCGCUCGCUGGCCGGCUCGCUGCCCGGGUCGAGCUCGACGGGCGCCCUGGAGCCGCAGCCGCGCCCCAUCUACCCCAACUUCCCCUUCUCGCCGUACGGGUCGCCGCUGUCGUCGCCGCGCUCUGGGCGCCGGAGGCCGCCGCUGCGCGAGUCCCGGCGCGUCUCCAUCGACAAGUCGGGCAGCUUCUUGCAGCUCAACCAGUACCGCCUCAUGGACUCCAUCGGCCAGGGCUCGUACGGCAUAGUGAAACUAGCCUACAAUGAAGAGGACGAAACGCACUAUUACACUACCAGCGCAUCAUCCACCGUGACAUCAAGCCGGCCAACCUGCUGCUGGGGGAGGACGGGCGCGUGCAGAUCGCCGACCUGGGCGUGUGCAACGAGUUCCACGGCCAGGACGCCUUCCUGUCGUCCACGGCCGGCACCCCCGCCUUCACCGCGCCCGAGGCCCUCAACAGUCGCCAGUUCAGCGGCAAGGCGUGCGACUUGUGGUCCAUGGGCGUCACGCUGUUCUCGCUCGUGUUCGGAGACGUGCCGUUCCUCGACGACAACGUGCUCACGCUCUACCACAAGAUCAAGACGGAGACGGUGCGCUUCCCGGACCGCCCCGCCAUCAGCGAGCCCCUCAAGGACCUCAUCAGUCGGCUGCUGCUCAAGGACCCCGCCGCGCGCAUCACCCUGCCCGAGGUCAAGGAGCACCCGUGGGUCACGGCCGACGGCGCCGAGCCGCUGCCCUCGGAGGAGGAGAACUGCGUCCUCAUCGAGCUGUCCGAGGAGGACCUCGAGGGGGUCGUCACGUCCAUCCCCAAGCUGGACACGCUCAUCCUCAUCAAGACGAUGCUCAAGAACCACUCGUUCCAGAACCCGUUCUCCGCGCGCGGGCCUCGCGCGCCGGGCGCGGCGGCCGAGCACCGCGGCCCGGGCCAGGGCCUCGGCCAGGGUCGCGAGUCGCGCCUCGGCCGCUUCCAGCUGAGCGGCCGCUCCAACUCGGCGCCGGGCUCCUACGGCUGGGCCAAGGAGCGCCAGGUGUCCGUCGACUACCCCUCGGGGCCCGUCCUGGCCGCCGUCAGGGAGGCCGUCAGGGAGGUGAGCGCGGCCGAGCCGUCCACUGCCUCCAUCCCGGAGGGAGAGCCGGGCCGCGAGGAAGCUCACGCUGGUGAGCCCCCUGCGAGCGGCGCCAGCGAGGGCGCGAGCCAAGGGGCGAACUAACUUCACCCCUUCGGGCACCCUUAGCAUCACUUGCUCAACCCAUCGUAAUCCAUCCAUGAUCGACCGCCAUACUCCAUAAAAACGCCUUGUUUUUAU